AUGGAAGGCAGCUUGCUGUUUUAUGCUGGAAAAAUCCCUGGAACCAGAUUGGCUGAGCUGAAGGCAAAAUAUGUCCUGAUACAUGAUACUCUAGUAAGUUUACAGGAAUCGGAGAUUCGGCUGCUGCAGGAUGCCAAACGUUUCACGGUUAAGCUGGAAGAGCAGCAGGAGAUACUGGAAAAAGCCGAACAGUUUCCAGAAAGCACCACUUCCGAGGUCUCCAAACUGAGGCAGCAGUACCUGAGAUACUUCAACGAGUACAACGCCAUUCAAGAGAGAGAGUUUGAAAUUCAGUAUAGGCUGAAUAGUUUACAAGAAGACAAGAAAUUAAUUGAAAAGGACCAUCGCAGAGUCCCCAAAGCUUCUGAUGCGGAGAAGAAAAUUAAAGCCCUGAGGGACAGUUGCGAAGACCUGCGUAAAGAAACAACGCAGAGAAGGCUGGAAAUUAAAAACAUGAAAGACGAUCUGUUUGUAAGGCAUAAACGUCUCACUAAGGAGCACAAAGAAGUGGAUGAACUAUUUCGAAAACAAGAAGACUUAAAGGAUGAACUUGUCCGUCUCCAAGCCAUUCCUAUUCAGCUCGGAAAGGAUAUGGAAAAAAUAAGCCGCAGAAUGCAAGACAUAGAGAAGAGAAAAAUCUUGCUUCAGGAAGAAGCGCAAGAACUUGUGGAGAUGUCCAAAAAAAUGGAGACCAAGUGCGUGGAGGCCAUGGAGGAGAAAGAAGAUGCGAUCAAGGAGGUCGAAGGGAAGAAAGCGCUGCUCGAGAUCAAAGAGCGAGAAUUCAACACUCAGAGCAAGGUGCACGAGAUGAAUAAGGAGAACGAAGGCACCGCCAUUUCAGAGAGGGGUGUAUUAGAAAUGGGUUUUCGCAAUAUGACCAAUUUGAAACAGAAACUGCACGAUACUCUGAGUCGGAUGCAAAGGGAGAAGGAGAAGGAUUUCCGAACUUUUAAAAAGAUGGAAAUGCAGCUGAAAAUCGCUCAGGAAAGCCUGAUCCAAGUUCAGUCGCAUCACGAAAGAAUGCUUUUAGAGUUAGAUGCUGCUAUCCCUAAAGACGAUGCGACAAUAUUAGAGAGGCGAAGGGAGCUUCAGAGAGAAGUGGAAAUAGCAAAGCGAAAUCUGACACAAGAGAAAACAUCCACCGAUGCUGAGGUGCGGACUCUCGAGCAGUGCAUUGCUGAGGAAGACCAACUUUUUCAUGCUCAGGAGCAUUACAGGGAAGAGUUCAAUAACUUGAUCCGCAUGACCCAGCUCAAGGCGGAUGAGCGGGAACAAAAAUCGAAGGACUUCUUGAAAGCUCAGCAGCGCCUGAAUAACAUCAUUGCAGAUAUAAAAACGAAAGACUUCGAAAUUAGGGAGCAUACAAAGAAACGGAGAGAGAUUCAUAGACAGAUGAAAGAAUUUGCCAAACUGUACGACAUCGUGCGGCACGAGAGAAACAAGUUGGUGAGCAUUGUACACUGCGCUCGCCAGAAAACAAAUGAAAUUAAAGACAAAGUCAAAAUGCUGGAUAAUGAGAUGGAGAUCUUAAGGACCAACGCCGUAAUUAAGGAAAGAAAACUGCAGAAAUACCAGAUGAAGUAUUCCAACAACGUUGCGAUCAAGGACAGCAUCCAGAGCGAUGUUUGCAAGGUUUAUCAGACCGUCCAGGACAUGAAGGAGAAACGGGAGCAGCAGCUGAUGGACGUCGAACGGCUGACCAACACGCUCACCCGGAUCGAGGAGGAAAUGGUCCAGUUGCGCAAGACAUACGAAAAGGCUGUCCAGAGACGAAAUGAAAGUGGCGUUCAGCUCAUCGAACGCGAAGAAGAAGUGUGCAUUUUCUAUGAAAAAAUAAACAUUCAGGAAAUGAUGAGCCGAAAUGGUGACAUUGAGAUUAAUGUGAUGGAUGAGAAAAUACGGUAUCUGAAACUGAAGAUGAUCGAGAAAAAAAGGCAGAUUGAAUUACAUGUCAAAAUGUUGCCAACCAAGAGGACUCUUGAUGCUGAUUUAGUGGUGCUUCAAAUUCAGUUUUCACAAUGCAAGGACAAAAUUAAAAGCCUGGAGAAGCAGUUUACCGACCCAGACCGAGAAAACAGAGUAAGAGCAUUGCCUGGAAAGGACCCCUCCAUUCAAGAGCUCUUCAAGAAGAUAGAGGAGCAGGCCCUGGAAGAAGAACAGGCUGCCCUGCCAACUGCCGUCCACACUACGGCGGAGCAGCGUCCCAACGCCUACAUUCCCGAUGACGAAAACGUUCUCCCGCUACCGAGGCCUUACGGCUCGCUGGCGCCGUUCAAACCGAGUGAGCCCAGCGCCAACAUGAGGCACAUCAGGAAGCCAAUUGUGAAACCGAUAGAAAUCUGAGUGGCUUCAAGUUCUGGUGAAGGAGAACAACUUCUCACUUCUGAGAAACGGUCUAUUUUGCAUUCUAUUAAAAGACGUUCCCGGGAUGAUAAGGGGCGGGCAUGAAAAUGUAUGGCUUAGUAGCUCAAGGAAUGUUUUUGCCUUCUUGAAAGUUCUGGAAAUACGUAAUGAAAUAAAU